GAAAAACACACUCAUACCAAACUUUCUUUUUCUUAUCAUAUUUCCUUUUCCCCAGAAAAUUCAUAAUAUCAACGACAGAAGAAUCAUCUCAUGAUAUGGUGAUGAAGAUUAUUACAUUAAGUUUCUUAAUCUGCCUGUUCUCUAAACUCCAAGGUCACUGCAAAUCAGAUAUCAAACUUGGUUUUACUCUGCCACUCUCUUCUCCUAUAGAAUACACUCCUGGAUUCAUUGGCAAAGCUUAUAUAAUGGAGACAGAAACAUCAUCAAGAACAGAACCAAGUUUCAAAGCCGCAUUAACCAUGGAGUCAAGCGAUUAUAAGGGAAGAUAUAUGUGUUCUAUCCAAGUUUUCUUUGGAGAUGUAAGUGUUUGGAGUUCAGGUCAUUACACAAAGAUGUAUGUUUCUAACAAAUGCAUCUUCGAGCUCACAGAAGAUGGAGACAUGAGGUUAAAGAGUAACAAUAAGCAUGUAGGAUGGCGCAGUGGAACCUCAGGACAGGGCAUUGAGAGGUUGGAGAUACAAAGCUCAGGGAAUCUUGUGUUGCUUGAUGCUAAGAAUCUGAUCAAAUGGCAAAGUUUCAACUUCCCAACAGAUGUGAUGUUGAGUGGUCAGAGACUUGACGUGGCUACACAACUAACUUCAUUCCCAAAAGACUCGACUAUGUUCUACUCUUUUGAAGUUUUACGAGACAAGAUUGCUCUCUUCCUAAACUUGGCCAAGCUCAAGUACUCUUACUGGGAGUACAGACCUAUAGAGAACAGAACCGUCAACUUCUUGAGAUUAGGGCCAAAGGGUCUUGACAUGUUUGAUGAUAACAGCCAUAGAAUAGGGAGAAUAGAGCAACCUUUGACAAGAUUCUUGGCCAUUGGGAACAUAACUGGUAAUUUGGGACUUUACUCGUAUAAACCGGAAAAGGGAAAAUUCGAGGCAACGUUUCAAGCUUUGAGCAACACGUGUGAUCUUCCUGUUGCGUGUAAACCAUAUGGAAUCUGCACAUCUUCCAAGGCUUGUUCUUGUAUCAAGGUUAUGAGAAACGGAGACUGCAACAGCAACGAGGAAGAAUGGCUUUCGAUGAAAAGGCUAUGCGAUCACGAGAUGGUUGAGCUGGAAGGAGCUACGACAGUGCUGAGAAACGGCACAGAAGCGAGAAACGUGAGCAAAGAGAGAUGUGAGGAGUUGUGUAAGAAAGACUGUGAGUGUAGAGCAGUAAGUUACUCUGUUUAUGAAGAGAGUUGUGUGAUGUAUGGGGUUGUGAUGGGUGUUAAGGAGAUUGAGAGAGUAAGUGGGUUGAGUUAUAUGGUGAAGAUACCUAAAGGAGUGAGGUUGAGUGAUGAGAAGUCUAAUAUGAGGAAAUGGGUUGUGGGAUUAGUUGGAGGGAUUGAUGCCUUUGUUAUAUUGCUGCUUCUGUCUGGUUUUGGUUUUUAUUACAUCCGAAAGAGACGGAAGAGCUCAUCACAGCCACAGCCACAGCAGCAGGAAGAGCCCAUUGCCGAAUAGAUUUUCAGAGUUGUGUUACACAUGCAGACUUUGAUACCUUUUUCAUAAGUUACCAUAUCAAAAAGUUGUAAUGCAUUGAGAUGGAAUUGUAGAAAAUCUGAGUUUUUAGAAGUUUAUAUGCCAAAAAAAAUGAGUUACAUUGUGGAGAAAGUGAAAAUGAGGAGAGGAAACACUGGAGGGGAGAUAUUCCAAAAAAGGAAGUAGAGGAGACAGGGAAAUGGUAGCGGUCAGAAGUUAGGAGGAGAUCAUCAUGGAAAAGUGCAAGAACAUGAGAGAAACAGCUUCUAAUUAAUAUAUGUAAACGGUCUGAGUCUGAUGGUGAAUGGGGAUGAGUCAGCAAUGAUUAAGAAGUAGGGAAGUGUCACUGGAUCAGACUUUUGGAAAGACUAACAAUGGACGAGACAGAAGUGGUGAAGGGAAAGAAAAUUUGUAGUGAAUAACCGCAAAUUAUUAAACUCGAAGAAAGCAAGAGAACUGAAGAGAAUUUAGAUUGA